GAAGAGGAUCACUGCUUUCUCCUGACCAUGUGCCCCAACGCUUCUCGCUCCCAGGACUCUUCCUUUGUAUGGAAGCUGUGGGUCCAGUUGCUGCUUCUGGGUUUUCUCCUGCCCACCUGGCUAGCACUGAUGAUGUUACCUGGCUGGGUCACGAAAUAUCUGCAAGAAAUAUCCACCAAAUUCAGAGAGCACCAAGGACCCAUCAUUUCAACCCUGAGCUACAAAGAUUCCCUUUUAUUGGCAUCUUAUAACAAUUCCAGAAACAUAUAUGUCAUCCUUAACCUUAACCACGUUAACGUGUAAUGAUGUGUGGGAAUGUUCUGGAAAGAGAAGAAGGAGGGACCUUAUAACCUGUGGCAAGCGGCAAGUGCAGCAAAAAUCAGGAGCCAUAGAGAUCAAGGUCUCCGAAGACCCCGUGGUUGCCCUGGUUGGCCAUGAUGCCGUUCUCCACUGUUCCUUCUCGCCGGAGUCCAAUUUCACUCUGAGCGAGCUUAGCCUCUUCUGGCAGGUGACCGACACCAACCAACUGGUGCACGGCUUCACGGAAGGCCAGGACCAGCCGGCUUACCAGGGCAGCACUUACGCCAACCGCACUGCCCUCUUCUAUGACCAGCUGGCCCACGGCAACAUGUCCCUGCUGCUACGCCAAGUGCAGAUUUCCGACGAAGGGAGCUUCACCUGCUUCGUCAAAGUGCGGGAUUUCAGCAGGGCGGCUGUUAGUCUGCAAAUGGCAGCUAACUACUCCAAGCCGAACGUCAAUUUGGAACCCAGCAAGAACCUGAAGCCGGGUGACCUGGUCAAAGUGAGAUGCCACAGCUUUUCCGGGUACCCUGAAGCUGUUGUGCUCUGGCAAGAUGGCCACGGCAACAACAUCACCGACAAUAUCACCACCUCCCAGGUGGCCAAUGAGCAGGGCCUCUUCGAUGUCCAGAGUAUCCUGCAGGUGGUGCUUGAACCUAACAGCACCUACAGUUGCCUGAUCAAGAACCCAUUGCUUCGAGAGAUGACCCACGCUUCCGUCACCAUCACAGGACAACACCUUCUGUUCCCAGCAGUCGCUCUGUGGGUCAUAGUGGGGUUGUCGAUUUGCCUUGCCAUCCUUCUGAUCGUCCUGGCAUACGUCUGCCAGAAAAAAAUCCGUCAAAGUUGCAAAGAGGAGAAAGCGAAAGCCGGACUAGAGGAGUUAAAUGACGGAGAAGGUUCCAAAACAGCCUUACAACCUCUGAAAAACAUGGAUGUCAAAGAAGAUAUGGCCGAAGAAAUUGAUUGACGAUAAUGGAGGUCAAAGCAAUAGCCACCUCUCAAGGCUGAAGUUGUCAAGCCAACCCCUUGAGAUCUUCCAGCAUAGACAAUAGAAGAGGCGAGAGGGAAUUGCCUUGAAGCCUACCCUCAAAAGCUACAGAUGCCUUCUUACAGAUUCUUGCCUUCUCCACAGACCUAGCCCUCCUACCAAGGAUUGAGAAAGAGGCUGGAACUCAACUUACUCCUUGGCAGCUCUAUCCUUGCCCCAAGCUUAAGGUAGUCAAGGUCCUUCUUCAUCCAACAUAUCCAAGACUACUUAAUUCUUCUCCCUGUUGACCUUACACGGCAAAACCUGAUCUCUAUCCACCCAGGGAUCAUAAUUUGAAGAUCCCACAAUUGGGGUGGAGAACAUAAUCCAGCUCAACACUUCUAUUUUGAUUGUAGUUCUUGCCUUCUUCUACCUGCAAUUCCCCCUCCCCCCAAGGGGAUUCACCCACUGGAUUUUAAGCCACUGCCUCUGGGAACAGUUUUCCUUUCUCGCUGCAGGGAUUUUUGCCUUCUCUUAUCGUUCAUCCAAGAAGCAAAAUUAGUCUGGGUUUUGGCCAAGAGACCAACUUAGUAUCUUUGGCAUCCUGACUUAAGUGUGUGUCAGAUGGGUCAGGACCAAUUCGUCACGGCCAACUCGCCGGGGGACAAGAGUUACAUUAAUAUAAAAGAAAUGGUGGAAUAGAAUAAUUACCCUGUUUUCCCCAAAAUAAGACAUCCCCUGAUAACAAGCACAAUUGGGCUUUUGAGCACACGACAAUAAGGCCAAGUGCUUAUUUCAGGGUUUCAAAAAAAAAUAAAUAAGACAGGGUCUUAUUUUCGGGGAAACACGAUAAAGAACAGGUGCAAAAGGAGGGACAAAAUGAAAUGCAAAUGACAAAAAGUAAAAUAUUUUUUUAAAAAAUGUAUUUUAAAUAAUUAAAUUGAAAUGUUCAGUUCUCCUGCGGUGAGUUAUCCCACAGCAAGUUGGCCGUGGUGAAUUGGUCGCAGCGAAUUGACUGUGGAGAGUUGUCCCAAUCUGGUGUCAGACUGCCCCAAUGCAGUCUUUAGGAAAGUAAAACCCUCGAUUCCAUUUGGUUGACGUGAAAAGAACUUUUACAUAAAAGAGGCUGGCUGCGAUAAAGUCAGGCGGAAACUGAGAUUCCCGCUCAAACCUACGGUUCGCCAUCCCUCUCUUCAAGCUCAGUUCAUUGUUGACCAAUCCAACAUUGCCGCAACGUUUUGAGAAACGCUGGGAUGUUUUGAGAUGCUGGAGUUUCACACCCAGGACAAACGGCUUUGAAGAUGCCAAGCACAAAUGGCCCGAACUGCUCUGCUCUUCUUCGCCUGUCAUUCCCCCUUCCCCAGUUCCCCCCAUUGUUGAAUACAGGUGUACAUUACGCAAUUGCUUCCGUCUUCCUUUUUGCCUCUCUUCCCUCUCCCAGUGAGGCGCCAAGCUGAAGAUGGAGGAGGAUCUGACAUUGUGCCUAAACAUUUUUUUCUGUUGGGAACUUCCAAAAACUCUGGCCAUCAGAGAUGGCAUAAGGGAAAUGGAUGCAUGACCUGAGGGCAUACAUCUUCUUUUAUAGUCAUCAGUAAACACUGUUACAGUCAACAUUAGGAAUAGGGUUCUUUUUUUCAAAAAACCAAUAACUUAGAAAAAAAAUAACAAAAUGACCUAGGCGUUCCCAAACCACAACGCAAACUCCUUGUGCCGACAAAAACCCCUUUUUAUUAAGUUACUGUGAAUUUCUCACAUUCACAUCCAACAAAGUCUUUCAAGAGAGCAUUUACAGUCCCAGACCUUAUCUGGCUUGGAGAGCUGCCAAGCCGAUAUCUUCAAAACUUGGCAAGGAUAUCUUCAAAACUUGGCAACUCGUGACUCUGAGAGUCACGAACCAAUUAAGCAAACUAAUUGUCUCCUGCAAACUCCCCUCCCCAUUCGCUCCUCUUUUAUUCCCUCUGGGAGGGGCCAUUCAUCAUCCACCUGUGGCCUUACUGCCAAGUCGACCCUAGUUCCUCAGCUGUUCCCUUCGUCAGGCAAUUGCACACUGGGAACAGGCUCCAGCUGUUUGUCUGCCUCACCGAUGUCAGACUCCAAAGGCAACUGAUAACUGUCAGACUGCCCUGGUCCCAUCUCUGCCUCCGACACAGAGCCUUCCCCAGACUCCAGGAGUGGCCCAUGUUCCUCCCCAACCCCCUCACUGUCCGAAUCUGCUGCCAGGUGGUGGGCCACAACAAAAAAGUGCCUUUGAGCAGUGCUGGAUAUCGCCUUUCAGCAAGAAACACUUGUGAUGCACAAAGAAACCUCACAGGGAACAAACUGUAUUCUUUCUGCAAGCUCUCUUUAAAAAAAAUAAAAAUAAAAAUAAAAUAUCAGCAACCAAGGGAGAUGAAAAAAACAUCUGACUCUGGUAAACUUUGCAGCUAUGUUCAUGUUUGCCUUGAAACCAAUCAGAUUCAUAGGGCGGGGCUUACUUUUAAGUGUGCCUAAGAUUAAAUCUGAAAUACUUGGUCAGAGGUCUCCCGUUUUCUUCCCAAGCUUCGAAAAUGUCAGCCUUUGAUUCUGAGCGCUGAGAAUGCUGUAGAAUCUGCUCUCCGUUUUCUUUCUUCUGUGGCUCUAUUAAAGAGUAUCUGGAGGAAGAGGAAGAGGGAAUUCCAAUCGUGUUCAACAGUUGUUUGACAUGGCAGGGGGCAAAUCUGGAACCGCCAGGAAAGCAGCUCAAGGAAAGGCAACAUUAAAUUUGAACAGAAGCUACGGGGAGGAUGCAUAGAAGGAGAGUGAAAAUCUUACAGGGUCUCGACUUCCUUUCAUAUUAGAAUUCCUAAAACCAUCAACUAGAGCCGGGUGGAAAAGCUACAGUUUUCAGAAUGAAUGUUUUCAGUGUGCGGGAAUUUCAUCUCGAGUUCCUGAGGUUACCAAGCUGAACUAUUGCUGGGAAUCUUAAUGGAGCCAAGAAACAGGGUCCUUAACACACACAAGAUGGAGGCAUGAAUGAGAAAUGGAUUAAAUUCCUUGAUUAACAGAAUAACUGAAGAGUUGGAAGGGUGCUUGGAGGUCCAACCCCCUGCUUAGGCAGGAAACCCUACACCACUUCAGACAAAUGGUUAUCCAAGCUCUUCUUAAAAACUUCCAGUGUUGGAGCAUUCACAACUUCUGGAGGCAAGUUGUUCCACUGGUUAAUUGUUCUAACAUUGGUUAGAUUGGCUGAGCUCUUCUCUCCUCUCCUCUCCUCUCCUCUCCUCUCCUCUCCUCUCCUCUCCUCUCCUCUCUAUCUUCUCCCUUCCCUUUCCUUCCCUCCCCUCCCCUCCCCUCUCCUCUCCCAGAAUUCCUCAGGCAGACAUGCUGACUGGGGAAUUCUGGGAGUCCACAAACUGUCAAAGUUGGAACCACCUCCUACAAACAGAACAAGAGUGUAGAGCAUGUAUCUAGCAGCCAUGCUAAAUUUUUUUUAAAUCCAAUUAUUAUUACUUAACAGAACUUUUUACUCUUGGGGAAAGAGAAGACUAGCGUACGAAGUUGCACACCGGGGCUAUGUUUGCACUUCAAUCCACAUUUUUAAGAAUCAGAUGGAAAAUACUGCAUAGCCCUAAGCUACAGUGGUCUACCUUAGGCUACAGUUGAAAGUUUGUCUACCAAAAUAUUUCCUUCCAAUUCUCUGAAAUUGCCAAAAGAUGUUCUAGGUUUGUUCCUUUUUAAAUGAAGGGCCCAGUCCUUAAAAUAAAAUAAAUAAAAUAUCCCCACCAGCUUUUAUGCUUUCUCAGCCAUUAUUGGGAAUGUCAAAUUGUGGAACCAUUAAAAAAACAAACAAACCUGAAAUUAUCUCACAUCUUCAAUACAUGCUCAUUGAAUAUUGUGAGAUUGUUCCCUUUUGUGUCACAAGCGGUGUGAUUGUCUAGAGCAGGGGUAUCUAACUCAAUUUCA